UGGAACUUUAGCUGGAAAUUCCGACUUCUGCACUCAAUGAAGCAUCGUUGAGGAUGCCGAUCUACCGCAGCCAGGCGGCAAACAUGAGCCUCAUGCGGAGUCAUUCACGGCCUUAACAUCAAGUGACUCAAUUCUCCGGAGCUAGAAGAAUUCAGCCUAAAAACUUCUUCCAAUCAAACUCGAUCUAUUCUCACGUCCACAAACCACCUUCUCGAUACCGUAAGAGAAAAAAAAUCGUCUCUCUCACAACUCCCCUCCAUCAGCCCGCCUUGUGGCUGAGCAGCCAAAAGGCAGAUUCUCGUAUUUGAGACAGGCCUCUGACUGCGCUCCUCUUAAAUAGGUCGCCUUUGUCGAACGUUUCAACCUCGCAUCAUCAUCACACCGGACACCAUGGCUCUAUCAACACACUCGCGAGCUUUAGGUGCCAUCUGGGGUACUUGCGUGGGGGACGCCCUCGGCGGGCCCGUGCAAUUUAGUGACCCCGGCACCUUCGAACCCAUCAAAGAGCUUGAAUUUGUGAAACCCUUCAAUCAGCCAUCAGGAUCGUACUCGGACGAUGGGUCGAUGACGCUGGCUCUCGCACAGUCCUUUGUGGACUCUAACGGGCAAUACGAUCACGCCCUGUCAAUUCAAAACUACCUCGACUGGUUCAACUAUGGCCGGUUUAGUACUACGACGAAGGCAUGGGAUCUUGGAAGAUCGACUCGCGUGGCGCUGAGGAUAUGGAAGGCCCGGGGCCUGGAUGAUCUGCCGCUCACUCAGCAGAAAGUCAGUGAACAACUCAACAAGGAAGCAUCCUCGGGCAAUGGGAGUUUGAUGCGUAUUUCGCCCGUUGGUGUUGCUCUCUGGAAAGACAAAGAUCGUGCGAAGAGACUUGCUCGGGAGCAGAGUCUCGUGACGCAUCCCGCUUUGGCUUGCCCGGAUGCUUGCGAGGCUUAUACCGAGGUGAUUUGCAUGGCGAUGAGUGGACACACCAAGGAAGACCUCUGCAAAACCAUUGCGCAAUUUAGAUUUACUCAUCCCGCCCUGAUCUCCCGUUUCGCUCGUUACACCUCCAUCGCAGACUGGAAAGCUAAAUCUCCCGCCGACAUUGCAAGCAGUGGCUGGGUAGUCGAUACCCUAGAAGUCGCGCUGUGGGGGUUCUUCAAAUAUAACACCUGGGAAGCUGGCGCCUUGGCGGUGGUAAAUCUCGGCGGGGAUUCGGAUACGGCGGGGGCCGUUUAUGGCGGUCUGGCUGGGGUGUUUUACGGGUACGGCUCGAUUCCGGCGCGAUGGGUAGAGGGAAUGCAGAAGGGGAGGUUUAUUGGGAAUGUUGCUGGGAAGUUUGCUGAGAUUGUACCUUCGGUGUAGUCUUCUAGCGAUGGAUUUUGAAAUGGGGACUGUGAAGAGUAUAGCAUAGCAACGAUGAAAUGAAGCGUGCAAAUUAUCCUUGGUCAAUAUGGUGGUUGAUACUUUUUUGACGCCCCUUGGCUCCACUAUCUAUUGGAACGGCCGAGCACCCGGCUUGUUUAGCUCAUUUUAGCUGCAUUCAGACUAAUACGUAAUAAAGAGGCAAGGAGAGCCGAGCUUUCGUUCGUAGCGACUGUCUUCUGGCAAGCUGCUUUGUAUAACAAACUUGUCCAUACCGAGUCCGGCGGGCAAUGUCCGAGUCAUAGUAGACCGCCAAUAUACCAGUCUGAUUGGUCUGCGGGGCAACCUGGAAAUCUAGCUCGGGCGUUGAGAAGGUGGCUUUUUGGGGAGAAUCAAGCAGUCUAGAGGCAAUUGCAUGUCUGAAAAGAACGACCUUACUAUCUCGUUGACAGCAUCCAGGUACCAUCAUCGGACCGGGGCGGUGGGC